AUGCUAAAGUCAGAUAAGUCUGCGGUUGAAACACUGUCCAACUCUUCAGUAGAAAGGGUCAGCAAUGAUUUCUUGGAAGACCCUGUAGAUGCUGAGAUUGGAAACAUUUUGGCUGAUUACUCUGAAAAGGAAGUGAUGAAUAUGGGAAGACUCUAUGCCGGGAAACAUGGGUUAGAUCCCGAACUCUUUGCCAGAGCUGCUGCAGUUGCUCGUAAACCACGGGAUUUUAACUCGAUGAGCUUUCUAUCCGAAGAGGAAAAGAUGGCGUUGCAUGAAGAAGAACACCAUCCUUAUAGAAUGGCUCCAAGAUUAAUUGGAGUCAUUGCCUUGGGUUCCAUGGCUGCUGCCGUCCAAGGUAUGGAUGAAUCUGUUAUUAAUGGGGCAACGCUUUUCUAUCCUAAAGCAUUUGGUGUUGAUAAGAUGGCCGAGCCUCAAUUAAUUGAAGGGUUGAUUAAUGGUGCACCAUACUUAUGUUGUGGUGUUAUUGCUUGUUGGUUAUCUGAUCCAUGUAAUAGUCGUUUAGGACGUAAAUGGACCAUUUUCUGGACUUGUCUUAUCUCCGCCUUGACGUGUUUCUGGCAAGGGUUUGUUAACACUUGGUAUCACUUAUUUAUUUCCAGAUUUAUGCUUGGUUUCGGGGUGGGGAUUAAGUCUGCUACAGUUCCUGCGUAUGCAGCUGAAUGCACCCCUAAAAGAGUAAGAGGCUCGUUAGUUAUGUUAUGGCAAUUUUUCACUGCUGUUGGUAUUAUGUUUGGUUAUGUUGCAUCUUUGGCCUUUUACUAUGUUCCUGCCAGGGGGAUCCAAGGAGGACUUAAUUGGAGAUUGAUGUUAGGGUCUGCGUGUAUACCAGCCAUUAUAGUUUUAGCUCAAAUCCCCUUUGUACCUGAAUCUCCUCGUUGGUUAAUGGGUAAAGAGAGACACACUGAUGCUUAUAAUUCGUUACGUCAAUUAAGAAAGAAUGACAUCACCGCAGCAAGAGAUUGCUUCUACCAACAUGUGUUGUUAUCAGAAGAAGGUUCCUAUAAGAUCCCAAUUCUCAAGAGAUUUGCCGAGAUGUUCAUGAAGAGAAGAAACAGAAAUGGGGCCAUUGGUGCCUUCAUUGUUAUGUUUAUGCAACAGUUCUGUGGUAUUAAUGUGAUUGCUUAUUAUUCGUCUUCAGUGUUUGUUCAAUCUGGGUUUUCUCAAAUUUCUGCCAUGUUGGCCUCUUGGGGGUUCGGUAUGAUCAAUUUCACGUUUGCUAUCCCGGCCUUGUACACCAUUGAUACCUUUGGUAGACGGAACUUAUUGUUGGUGACGUUCCCUUUAAUGGCUAUCUUCUUGAUGAUGACAGCUGGAGGGUUCUGGAUCCCUAACGAUAGUGCUCAUAGGAAUGCCAGAUUGGGAGUCAUUGUGACUGGUAUUUAUUUGUUUGCUUGUGUUUAUUCGUCCGGUGAAGGACCUGUCCCUUUCACGUAUUCAGCUGAAGCCUUCCCCUUGUAUAUAAGAGACUUGGGGAUGAGUUUUGCCACUUCUACAUGUUGGUUCUUUAACUUCAUCUUGGCGUUCACAUGGCCCAAGUUAGUAGUGGCUUUCAAGCCUCAAGGUGCCUUUGGCUGGUAUGCUGCUUGGAACGUGAUUGGGUUCUUUUUGGUGUUGUGGUUCUUACCUGAAACCAAGGGGUUGACCUUGGAAGAAUUGGACGAUGUGUUUGAGGUUCCAAUGAAGGACCAUGCUGCUUGGCAGACCCGUCAUCUCAUCUGGAACUUCCAAACUCGGAUCUUGAGACGGAGCGUUCCUCCACAGGAACCUUUAUACAAACAUCAUCGUAUUGCUCUUAGAAAUAAGGAAUGGGAAGAGAAUAAGGCUCAAGUUGAGCACGUUGAAUAA